ACCCCACUCGAUCCAUUUCUCUAGGGAGAAAAAACUCCCUCUCUAUCUUGAACCUUUAUGUUAACACCUUCGCUUUCUGUGACCCCCCUGUCUCUCGCUCAGUCUCUCUCUAGUUUUCUGGAGUCUGCCAUCCGUCUAACUCUGUGUACUCUUAAAGAGAGGGGGUUCCUUUUGUCCCGACACGAAGUUAAUCGCCCGUUGAUUGAAGAACCGCGAUCAUCAUAGUCCCAUGGUUUCUGCCUCUUGCAAGAACCGUCUCUUAAAUCAGUUGAAACAGAACAGAGAGGAAUUAUACAUCAUUUGCUGAUAAUUUUGCUUACGAAGUUGCUUUAAGAGAUGAGCUUGGGAGCAACAGAGCAAGAUGCAGCUCCAGAGAUUCAAUUCCCAGCAGAUGUGGAUUGGCAUAUGCUUGACAAAUCAAGAUUCUUCUUCCUUGGAGCAGCUCUCUUCUCAGGUGUAUCAGCCGCUCUCUACCCAGCUGUGGUGCUCAAGACGAGGCAACAAGUCUCACCCACACAGAUCUCUUGCUUCAAGAUGUCAUUCUCCAUCAUGAGGCAUGAAGGCCUCAGAGGGUUCUAUAGAGGGUUGGGGACGUCCCUUAUGGGCACAAUCCCAGCAAGAGCUCUCUAUAUGGCUGCCCUUGAGGUCACCAAGAGCAGUGUUGGUUCAGUCACUGUGAAGCUAGGGCUCUCAGAGACCAGUGCCUUGGCCGUUGCCAGUGCUGUGGCAGGGCUAAGCUCAGCUAUGGCUGCUCAGCUCGUGUGGACCCCAGUCGACGUGGUGAGCCAGAGAUUAAUGGUCCAAGGCCAAAAAAAUGGAUUCACUAGCCAAAGGAGCUUAAUUGGUCAAGGGGGUAUUAAUUCUUGUAGGUACAAAAAUGGUCUCGAUGUAUGCAAGAAAAUACUAUGUGCUGAUGGUCUGAGAGGCCUAUACAGAGGAUUUGGGAUUUCAAUUUUGACGUAUGCACCUUCAAAUGCAGUUUGGUGGGCUUCUUAUUCUGUGGCCAAUAGGCUCAUUUGGGGUGGUUUUGUGGGAAAAAGUGGUGGGAGAAGCCAAAAAGACCGCUUUUCUUAUGGUCCUUCUUUUGGGGCUGAGUCAAGAUCAAUGCCAACGGUGGCUGUGCAGGGUCUGAGUGCAGCAAUGGCAAGUGGGGUUUCUGCAAUAAUCACUAUGCCAUUGGACACAAUCAAGACGAGAUUGCAAGUGUUGGAUGUAGAAGAAAAUGGCAGAAGAAGAGCGCUCACUACCAUGCAGACUUUGAAGAGUUUGGUGAGGGAAGGUGGGUUUAGUGUUUGUUACAGAGGGUUGGGACCAAGAUGGGCUUCAAUGGCCAUGUCUGCAACAAUCAUGAUCACCACCUAUGAGUUCCUGAAGAGAUUAUCUGCUAAAAACCAGGAAUUCUUCAGUUAUUGACUGAAGGAUUAAAUUGAAGCAGAACAGAUGAGAUAGCAUAAACUUUUCCCUUUCUUAUUAGAUAGAUAUUCUCAGAUUUCCUUUUAGAUAGAUGUUCUCAUAUCGGCAUUGAAAAAAGGGCUCACUGAAUGUAAAUCAACGAUUCGAUCAAUAUUAGCCUAUUGGGAUUUUAUC